AUGACUACUGCGGCCCCGUUCAUGGCCUCGUACCGUCAGUUGCAAUUGUUUGAUUACACUCCGCUACGAGACCCAAACAUAGCGACACCAGACCUUCUAUUUGCCGAUUCAACUUUAUCUGCCAUAGUAUCGACCGAAUCUUAUUUGGUGGUGGCAGUCAAUAGAUGCUUCCUCCGUAUAGCAACGCCUCAAUUACAAUUAGUACGAACGGUGUUGGCGUAUGACUACGAGUAUCAAGUAACUUUCGCCCGAGUGUUCCAAGGAGACAUAUUGGUUACCUUAGCUGAAAGACAAGGGUCGCCCGCACAUCUUAAAGUAUGGGAUCUCCAAAGACUCGUUCUGUUGCCACAAACUGGUGAUGAUGACGAAUCCCUAAAACACAAAUUCAUCAGUCAGGCAACGAUAUCAAUUGAUACCACCAAUGCCCAUCCAAUCAGCUGUUUCCAAUUCAAUGACGAUUUGAGUAUGGCCGUGGUGGCAACAGCCAAUGGGAAAGUGGUGCUUAUCCGAGGGGACUUGUUAAGAGAUAGAGGUACUAAACAACGGUUGAUAUAUGAAACCAAUGACGCCAUUACUGGGGUCGAGUUCAAUAAGCUACAAGAUAUCAUUUAUAUCACUACCACUACAAAGAUCAUCACUGUACAGACUACAGGAAGAAACCAUGGCAAACCCCUUAGAGUGCUUUCUCCAUCUACUGGUGUUAAUAUUGGAUGUACUUCCAUUGAUGAGAAAUCCCAAAACUUGAUCGUGGGGACAACUUCAAGUAUCAAGUACUACAGUCACGCUGCACGGAUCUCGACGUUCAACUUUGAAGUUCCCAAGAAGUCUCUAAUUAAGUUUGGUAAGAAUUAUUUACUAAUGGUUACAACCAGCGAGGAAAAUGAUGACAAGAGUCAAGGUCAGUUGACUAGAGUUGUGAUUUUUGAUACUUUGAACAAACAUAUUGCUUUCAAUUUAACCAUUCCCAAGUGUCAUAUUAAUUUCACAUUUGUUCUGAAGUUUGAAGCUAGUUCUGCCUUUCAAACAGUAUUCCUUUUAUCCAGUGAUGGAGUCCUUUAUAAGCUUCUGGAGAAGCCAAUAAACCAACAGAUUGAAAUCAUCUUACAGCGAGAUUUAUUUCAAAUUGCCUUUAAUUUGGCAUGUCAAAGAAACCUUUCCAAUUCGUAUAAACAUCGGAUUUUGAAGCUUUAUGCUGAUUUUUCAUACGAUAAACAGGACUUUGAAAAGGCCAUUAGUACUAUAAUCGAGUGUCUUGAUAUCUAUAAACAAGAUUUGGACUCCAUCAAGAAGAAGAAUACGGCCAUGGCCAAUGACGAAGAGGAUUUGACUAUUAUUGAUGAUAGUGAAGAUUUUAUUAUGACCACUAUCUCCAAGUUUAAAGCCAUAUCCAAAAUCAGCUAUUUAACGAAAUUUUUGGUCAAGCUAUACGAUUAUAAAAUGACCAAAAAUGAUCAUGUCACUCUUUUGUUGUGCUGUUUCUGUAAAUUGAAAAUGGGUGAUGAACUUGAUGACUUUAUACAAAAGUUAGACUUAGAUGAACAAUCUGAUUUCCAGGACUUGGAUUUCCCAUUGAUCAUUAACCUUUUCAAAGAAUGUGGGUAUUUCAAACAAGUGAUUAAAUUACUUUUGAAGUUAAAACAACAUAGCUUAAUUGUGGAGGUGCUACUUAAUGAUUUGAAACGACCUCGAGAAUGUUUAACUUAUUUGAAGACGUUACCGAUUGAUGAUUUACUAUUAAUAUUAGUUGAUUAUUCCAAGAAAUUGUUUGAGUUUAUCCCCAUUGAAACCACUGACCUUUUAAUUAAGGUGUACACUGGUAAAUAUAUGCCAUUACCAAGUAAUCUGGAACAUCCACUUGAAUUACCUUCCAAAGUUAGUCCAGCUCCUUCAACCCAAUCAGAGCCUACUUUGUCUUAUGGUGCAGUUGCUAAAGAUCUUCCUUCAACAAGUUAUCGUGCACUUGUUGCGUAUUUAAAGGGCUCAGAUGAAUCAAACGGUGAUUCGGAUGAUCAAACGCUUGAUGAACCAACAUAUCUACCUCCUAGACCUCAACUUAUCUUCCCUGCCUUCAUUGAUAACCCUAGAGAGUUUGUGAUAUUCUUAGAAGCUUCAAUAGAAAUGUUUGAUAGAUUUCAAGGGAAUAUUAAUGACAAGAAGGAAUUAUUGAUUACUCUAUUGGAGGUAUAUUUAUCCCUUGCUCAGGAUGAAACGAUUGAUGAGAUUGAAAAGGAAUCGUGGUUAGGAAGAGCUAAAGAUUUACUUAAACAGUAUCAUUUAAUACUAGACAAACCAUCAUUACUUCUUUUAUCCACAAUAUACGGUUUCAAAGAGGGUGAAAUUGCUGCUCAAGAAGAUAGUGGUAUGGAAGAGUCACUUUUCAGUUCAGCAUGCUUAGCAGGUGAUAUCAAUGGCUCAUUAGAUGUGAUGAAAAAAUAUGGAGAGAAGAAACCACAAUUAUACAAAUUAGCACUUCGAUUCUUUAUCAGUGAAGAGAAAGUAUAUCGACAAAUUAGUAAAAGAGAUUUUGACCAUGUGAUCAACAAAAUUAAAGAACACAAGCAAAUGGUCCCAUUAGAGAUUGUUCAAUUGUUGGGAAGUGUUGAGUUCACUAAUCUUGAAUUAAUUCGAGAUUAUUUACUUGAUUUUGUUUCUGUUCAAAAUAAAGAGAUAUCCAAUAACCAGAAACUAAUUGAAUACUAUGAACAAGAGUCUACCAGAAUUACAGACCAACUUAAUGAAUUGAAGGCCAAUCCAUUUCUUAUACAAAAUAACAAGUGUUCCCAGUGUCAACUCAAACUUGAUUAUCCCAUGGUUCAUUUCAAAUGCAAGCACUCAUUCCAUCAGAAAUGUAUGAACGAUAACUUGAUAAUUUCACAGAAUGUUGACUCCAAUAAGCAGCAUUGUCCCUUGUGUGUCAAUGAACUAGACGAGAUUAAGAGUACAAGACAGAUGCAGUUUUCAAUCAAGAACAACGAUGAGAAGUUUUCUGCUGGUUUAGAAUUAUCGAAUGAUAAAAUGAAGUUCUUGGCAGACUAUUUGGGUAAAGGUGCUAUGGAGAAUGACGUUGAGCAACAGUUUUAG